AUGUGGACUACGGUGAUCGAGUCUGAAAAUGAGAGCGCAUGCAUAAGUAAUAUGGAACACCUUGAAGUAGUCUUACAGAAGUUCCUGGUAGUGAUAAAAUAUCUGAAAGAUGUAUGGCUGACACCAUAUAAGAAGAUGUUUGUAUCCGCCUGGACCGACAGAUAUCUGCAUUUCGGGAACCACACGACUAAUAGGGUCGAGAGUCAGCAUGCUAAGCUAAAAAGAUAUUUGAGCUCAUCACAGUCAGACUUGGAGAGAUCCAUGUCAUGGAUCCAUGAGAUUGUCUUGUCUCAGGAUACAGCUAUUAAAGCUAGCAUUGAGAGAAGUCGAACUAUCGUCCAACACCGAUUCAAUAUACAGCACCUUCGGGAUCUAUGUGGUUUUGUUUCAAUCGAGGCGUUGAAUCUAAUGUUGAUCGAAUUUGAGCGGUUGAAAGAUGUUGAACAAAUUGCUUACAAAUGCGGAUGUCACCUUCGUAGGAGCUACGGACUACCGUGUGCUCACGAACAAAUCAUGUACGUGAGCAAGGGUCAUACUUUACCGCUUGAUGCCAUUGAUAGAUUUUGGAGAAAGCUUGAUCUAUUGCCUUGUCAGAUGCUUGAGGAUGAUGACAUCGACUGUAGCGCUGAUGUACAAAUGUUCACAAAACAUUUCAAGCAGCAGACAAGACAUGUUAAACUCAGUUGGCUAAGGAAAUUGAGGGAAAUAUUCAGACAUGCAACAACUUCUCUCCGUGAACCGGCUGUGAAGACCAACACUAGAGGGCGUCCGUCCACAAAGAAAAAGGUAGCCACCACCCGUAACAAUCCAACUGCAUCUAUUGUUGAUGGGACUGAUUUUGUUCAGCCUCAGCCUCGGGAGCCUCACAGACACAGUUCCUCAUCCGGACACCCCGAAUCGAAGAUUUUUGAGUACGAUGUUUUCCAAUCUUAUGAACCAAAGAGACACAGUUGCUCCUCAAUUUACAAUACUCAGUCUCUCUCUACAUAG